UGUGAACUCAACUCAGGAGUUUUUUCCUCCGUUUUCUUAUAAAACGGCCAAACCAUGAUAACGUAUAAGGAGUCAGUGGGACUAAAACCUGCGUUGCUUUCUGUCAUUGAAGAAUCAUGACGCAUGAAUUGCCUCAAAAAUAUGUAAAGCGAAAAAGUUUGUAUGCAGGCUGUGGGAUACUUCAGUCCCAUCAAAGUCUGAGCUUAUUAUUACGAUGGUUAGAAGGAGGACGCUAUUGUUAGGAUCUAUUUAUCCAAUCGGAACUAGCCAUAUGUGGAAGGAUCUUUCUGUCAUAGGUACAAGAGCCUAUCUGCUUUGCCGACCCUAUGUCAUCCCAACAGGUGGAGCCACUAAUCUAUCGGCCUCUUACCAUUUAGCAGACCAGUUCUCCACAAUACCCAGAGCAGAAAAUGCCUAUUUAUAUUUAUCUUCCAUAGAAAACAAACAUUCAGGUGGAGCAUCUCCAUAUUUAGAUCCCUCUCUGUCAUCUAAAGAGCGUGAAACAUCAUCCGGCGAUGUCUCUGUUCCUUACUCCAACCCACUUGUAUACUCCUCCCUAUACACGAAUAUUUUCCUUAAUGCCGACAAAUGCGAAUAUAUUAGCAAGGUGAAACGGCAAACCAAAGUAAACAUCCAUAUAACCCCCUCGGGUAACCAGAUGCUAUGGCGGAUCACAGGUGACGCAGCAGACGUGGCAGAGGCCAGUCAAAUGGUCAAUACGCGGAUGAAAUACAUACAAGAAGACUUUUCAAUCCACUCCGCAACGUAUCCGGUGUUUGCAGUCAAUAUAUUUGCAUUUCCCACUCGAGAAUUACAGAAUUUACUCCAGAACUUCCGAGUAACUGUGCACGUCGAGCAACGUGGUGAUACCUGUGAGGUAUCGCUUGCCUCUCUGGAUAAUUCUUUCGGUGGAGCUGUUGAAAGUAUCAAGAGCGUGGUCGAUGGUCUCACUGCGAACUCUGUUGAAAUCAAUCUUCCGGUGAAAGCUUCCGUGUUUAAUGACCAGUUCAGUUUGAAGCAGUUUCAGAGAGUCACAUCGUCCUAUGUUUUCAUCCACGGCCCAAAGGUUAUAAUCUAUGGUGACGACAAGCAAAGUGUCGACAGAGCGCUGCAGAUAAUCAAGAAAAAUGUCUCUGGAGAAACAUACACCUUCAAAUUACCACGGAUCAUGUGCUCGAUCCUCCACCAUGAGCUUCCCGAGAUUCGUAGGGAGCUCAAAAGCCUCCCCGGUGCGAAAAUUUUCAUGAGUGGAUAUUCUGGCUAUAGAUUGCAGUGUGAAGGCUCGCAACUCGUAGAAGCUAGAGCCUUGCUUGAGCGGAAGCUUGCUAAGUACACUUCCAACUCCCAGCUGUUUAAAACCAGCAAAGUGCAUGCCAAGCUCUUACUUGGAAAAGGCGGUUCAAAACUAGCCUCGAUACAACAAUACAGUGGUGCAUUCAUUGAAUCAGAUGAAGGCACCGAGACGGAAACCUGGAAGGUGUACGCUGACACAGCAGAGAAAGUUAACAAGGCCCUCCAUGCGCUCAAACUUCACCGUAAUCUCUUAGAGGAAACUGCCCUUAACCUCAGGGUUCCGCAAUGGUGUAUCGAUGCUCUCACUUUGGAUAACCCGCAUUUCCUCAAAUCUCUCGCUGCCAAAGCCAAGUGUUUUCUAAGCGAAUGCGAAGGGUUCACGAUAUCUGUGCUUAGCCACCAUCUCAAAGCGGUAAAGCACUUUGAAAGAUUACUCAGGGAGCAGUUGCGACUGGUUGCAACGGUUGAAGAGAUGGUAACGCCUCCAAAUAUCUUCCGGGAUGAAUUAUCUUCUGUGGGAAAUUGGAUACAAGGAGGUAAGCUACAGGUGUAUGGAAAACCUGCUGAGGUAGCAAGAGCAAGGGCGGUAGAUACCUUGAUUCUGAAGCAAUGCCGCCAUGUCUCCGUCCCUACGUACCUAGGCAAAGCCUUGUUUGGUCACAAAGUGCAAUCACUUCAGGAAUUCGCAGACUCCACGUGCACACGGAUCGCUCUACGGCGCAAUAAACGGAGCUUUGAGUUGAGCGUGUUUGCUCCUGAAACGAAAGAUCUUGAAAAGGCCCUCCACUUACUCGACUUUCGGCAAGCGGUGGCGAGACACACAGCAGAGAAGGUGUUGGUACCACCCAAGAUUCAGCGACUCUUGAAGGGUUUCCGGAGCUCCAAAUUGGUACAAAUACAGAGCUCGACUCUGACUUCGUUUUUACUCGAUGGCGAUUUCAUUGAGAUCUAUGGGACUAGUAAGGAGGCCGUCCUCCAGGCUAAAACCUUGUUGCGCCAAAUUGUUGAUCUUGUGCAGACAAGUUCCAGGAUGGACACCCAGAUUUCGCCAGUGUGGAUCGAGCUCUUUACAGGGGUGGAUGUAUAUCGAGCGAAGCUUCAUGCCAUAGAGCAAACCACCCAAACGUGUAUCAUGUUCCAGAAACAAGGACUGGAUGUCAUGGCCAUCUAUGGUCUGUCGCUACAGUCUAUGGAGGCUCAGCGGCAAGUGGCUGCCUUUUUAGCUGACUUAAAGCCCCAAUGUCAGACAUUUACCGUCUCGCAGGGGAUCAACGAUUCCGAUGAGCUUGCAUAUCAUUCCGCAAAAUUCCGGGUCAUCGAGCAGUUGUAUGAUGUGCAGAUAUUUGUUUCCAAGCGGUUCACAUCGGAUGAAGCUAUCGGGUUUAUCAUAGGAGGAAGAGCCGAUGUAGACCUCCAAGAGGCGUUAAGAAUGUUGGCUGCUACCUAGGGGUGAGCAAAGCAUUAAGAAACUGAUCCUGGAGGUUACGUGAACCAUCACAUGGAUGUUAGUCAUGGACAGCAAUAUUUACCGUAUUACUACCCUUAUAAAUAUUCUCUAUGAACGCGUAC